CCGGGCGCUGAGCGGCGCGGUCCCUCCUGACGGGCGGCGGGCGGCGUGAGCAUGGGGCGCCGCGCAGGGCUUCCUCCCCUCCCGGCCGCCGCCACCCUCCUCCUCCUCCUCCUCCUCCUGCUCCGCUGCGCCGCCGCAGCCUCCCUCGUGCUGCGCGGCCGCCUGGCGAAGGGCAACGAGAGACCCAUCAUUGGGAUAUUGUCGCAGGAAUGUCACUUCAAGAAGUUCCACAAAUUUGGAAGUUCUUAUAUUGCAGCUUCGUAUGUGAAGUUUUUGGAAUCUGCUGGUGCCCGAGUUGUGCCAAUAAGAUUAAAUCUUUCAGAUGAAGAAUAUGAUAAAAUAUUCCACUCUAUUAAUGGGGUACUUUUUCCAGGAGGUGGUGUGGAUCUUAAGACUUCAGAAUAUUCCAGGGUUGCUAAGAUAUUUUACCACAAGGCAUUAGAGGCUAACGAUAAAGGAGAUUAUUUCCCAGUAUGGGGAACAUGUCUUGGACACGAAGAGCUUACGUAUCUCACAAGUGGCGAAGUUUUACUUGUUAAUACCAAGACACAGGGUUUUGCACUCCCUCUGAACUUUACCUCAGCUGCAAAAGACAGUAGAUUAUUCAAGAAUUUCCCUGAUGAUGUAUUACAUGCAUUUGCUACUGAGCCGUUGACAUCAAACUUUCAUAUGUGGAGCCUCUCCAUGAAGAAUUUCACAAAGAAUGAAAAGCUUCGUAAUUUCUAUAAUGUUCUGACCACUAACACCAUUGAAGAAGUGGAGUUUAUAUCUACCAUGGAAGCAUACGAAUACCCAAUUUAUGGUGUCCAGUGGCAUCCAGAGAAAAAUCCUUUUGAGUGGAAGAAUUCACCAGGCAUUCCACAUUCCCCAUCAGCUAUAAGAGCAGCGUAUUAUAUAGCUGACUUCUUUAUUAAUGAAGCCCGGAAGAGCCUGCACCGUUUCCCCAGUGAAGAUGAGGAAACAAAAGAAUUGAUUUAUAAUUAUACUCCAAUUUAUACAGGAACAUUUUCUUCAUUUCAGCAAAUCUAUUUUUUUGAUUGAGUAUAGUGUCAAAGGUGCAGUGUUACUAUUUAUAAAUGGAAUUAUUUGCCAGCAUUGUGUAAUUAAGCUGAUAAAGUGCACUGCAUGUGACAGAAAGCCAGAACAGUUCUCUUCCUUUACAAUGAUUUAUCCUGUGUUUCUUCUGCACUGUUGGACCAUUAAUAUAAAAAUUUACAUACAAUAACAUAAUAAUUGUCUUGGAUCACACUUUAAGGCAAGCUACAGAAAAAUGCAUUUUUCUUCCAGGGAAGAGGUCUUGAUUAUGCUUAUAAACUUGGAAGUAAUCACGUUUAGUACAAGGAAGAACACUGUAUUCAUGUUUUUUAAAAUAUGAGAGUUAUCUUUGUAAAAUGUUGUGGACUAUGGUAACACUAGAGGCUUAGAUACAUUGCUUAGUAAAAUCAUAUCCUUUUCAAAUGAUCUAACAAAUGAGACUCUUGGGUUUGUUGUAAAUAUGUGUAUGUAACCAAGUUCUUGACAGGGACUAUUUUGUCAUUUGAAAAAUUGACCAAAAUAGUAAGGAGGCAUGAUAGUAAGGAGACAUUUUUGCCUGAAAAGCACAUGUUAUAUCCCAUUUGUGAAACUGUUUCUCUUGUACAUUCAGCAUUGUUUGGAGUGCUUAUACCUUGUGAAGUCUACAUAAAUAUGAGGAUGCCGUGUAAACUAGGCAUUGCAAAUAUCAGGUAAAAUAAGUAGGUUUGGAGGGCAUAGUUAAGUUUUGAUUCCACUUGCUGUUCUUUUCAAAUUCAGUUUUGUAUAUCCUCCAAGAAUUUGAGAGUAACUGGAGUCAGCAGACAGAUACAAGAUGCAGACAUCUGUUUCUUUGUAUUUAAAAGAAUGUAAACCUUAUUAUUUCUUACAUAAUCUGACUUUUCCUGUAGCUACUGGAUAGAAUUCUCACUUUGAGUCAAGAGGUAGUUUGCCAUUAACUUAAAGGCAGUAGUUUCUUUCUGUCUUUUGGAUAGUUUAAUGCAGCUAGAAUUCAAACAGCAGAUGAGUGUAUAUGAGAAACCUAUUAAUGUUGACAUAAUGUGAUAAUAGCAGUUGGAUUCAAUACACUGUGAUACCUUUUUUCUUUUUUUUUCUUUGCUUUGCUGCACACUUAGUGAAAAUUUUGUUGAGUGGUUUUGUGUGGUGUCCAAAAAGAAACCAAGAUGAGACAAUCAACUAUAACUCUCCUCUACUGCACAGCUUCCAAACUCUGUUAACAUCAACAGGGAUCUGGAGUUUAUGAAGAAUUCGGGUUUAUACCUCAGCUCUGUUUUGUAGUACCCUAUACUCUCAAGCACCGUAUCUGAAGAAAGCUGGUAUGUUUCUCAGGUUUUUCAAGUAAAAGACUCUCUAACUUGUUCUUUAUCAUGAAACAACUGCGUAAGAGAAUGUGAAAUUGCAUUAGUUAAAAAACUGUAAGGAAACAUUAACUGUGACUACCAGGAAGACACUGCCAGGUAAUUACAAGCUUAAACAUGUGAUGUUGCAGAUUAUUUCUACCUUUGUCAGAUCAGCCAAAUUCAGGAAUGGAACUUGUUUUAAAUAUAGGUGACUUUAUUAUAUUAACUAUAUUAGCUGACUCCUGAGUAGAACCAAGUGUAAAAAGAGGAUUAUGCUCUACAGUUGCAUGUAAUUGUAGCAGCUAAGGUACUCACAAACCAAGUCCGGUCAUGUACUUCUUGUUCAGACUGAGUUCUUUGGAAUAGCUCUAAGAAUUUGCCUAAGUAAGGAGGACAGGAUUUAGCCUUAAAACCAGGGAUCAAUCUUGCAAGUGAAAAGUCUGCUAAUUGCAAUGGUAGUAAUUAGUUCCUAAGUGUGUAACUGUAAGCAAUAUUGUGUGUAAUAUGAUGAGAGCAGUGGAUUUAUUGUGAAUUUGUAUGUGUCUUUCCUUGAUACCGUUUAUCUUGUAAAGCCUUAUUUGUUGGUAUCCAUGAUUUUCCUAUGAUACAUGAAAUAAACAUUUAUUCAAGCA